AUGGCAGGGUUUAUAAUUAGACGAGCAACGGCAGCGGACUGUGAAGAAAUUUGUCAAUUAUUUCAGAAGCAAGUCAGUUCUGGUAAUAAGCAGACAUCACCUUCACCUGAAACCCUGAAGAAAGAUGGUUUGGGGAAAUUAUUUCAUAUACUUGUUGCUGAAGAUGAAAAAUGUGCAGCAAAACAAUUGAUUGGUUACCUGUUCUUCCAUUUUACCUUUUCUUCAUAUAAAGGCAAAUCCAUUUUGUUGACUGAUAUAUACAUCUCACCUGAAUUUAACAAGAAAAGUGUUGCAACAGAACUCUUCGUUCAUUUGUGCAAGAUUGCAAGUGAAGAAGAUUGUGCCAGACUAGAAUGGGCUGUCAGAGAAUACGAUAAUGAAAGGAAUGAAUUUGUGGCUAUUUCUAAUGCCACAAACAUCAUGAAGAUGGAAAGCAAGAGGACAAUUUCGAUUGACACCGAUUCAUUAUUGGAAAGCAUGGCAGAGUUUAUAACUAGAAGAGCAACGGCAGCGGACUGUGAAGAAAUUUGUCAAUUAUUUCAGAAGCAAGUCAGUUCUGGUAAUAAGCAGACAUCACCUUCACCUGAAACCCUGAAGAAAGAUGGUUUGGGGAGAUUAUUUCAUAUACUCAUUGCUGAAGAUCAAAAAGGUGCAUCAAAACAAUUGAUUGGUUACCUGUUCUUCCAUUUUGCCUUUUCUUCAUGGGAAGGCAAAUCCAUUUUCUUGAUUGACGUCUACAUCUCACCUGAAUACAGCAAGAAAAGUGUUGCAAAAGAACUUUUCAUUCAUUUGUGCAAGGUUGCAAAUGAAGAAAGAUGUGGUUUUCUCGAAUGGAAAGUCAGAGAAAACGAGAAUGAAAAGAAUGAAUUUGCUGCUAUUUCUAAUGCCACAAACUUCAUGAAGGAGGAGGGCAGAUAUAAAUUUCAUUUAUCGAAGGAAAAAAUUAUGACAUUCUAA